AUGUUGAAGGCCUACAAGAAGUACAACUUGCAGCCCACCAAGGACUUCUCUGAGUCUUUCUUGACCGAACUCGCCCUGUCAAGGAAGCGCCAAGACGGCUCUGUCCCGGCAGUGCCAACCUCACAAGAUGCCGAAUACCUGGUCCCCGUGACUGUUGGAGGUCAGAAGCUGAACUUGGACUUCGACACCGGAAGUGCUGAUCUCUGGGUCUUCUCCACUCUCCUUAGCAAGAGCGAACAGGAGAACCACACCGUCUACUCCUCAUCCAAGAGCAGCACCUACAAGGCGAUGUCUGGAUCAACAUGGAACAUCUCCUACGCAGAUGGCUCCGGCGCAAGCGGAGUGUGCGGAACUGACACUGUGUCCGUCGGAAACACGACCGUCACUGGCCAAGUUGUCGAGCUUGCCAACAAGGUCUCAUCCGAAUUCGUUCAAGAUAGCAGCGACGGACUUUUGGGUCUUGCUUUCAGCAGCAUCAACACUGUUCAACCCCAACAAGCACAGACUUUCUUCGACAAUGCUCAACAAUCUCUCGACUCUCCCCUCUUUGCUGCCUACCUCCCAUCGCAGGCCAACGGUGAAUACGACUUCGGAUACACCGACAGCUCCAAGUACUCUGGCUCAAUCAAGUACACCCCUGUUGACAACAGCGGUGGUUUCUGGCAGUACGACUCCACCUCCUUCAAGGUCGGCUCCAAGACUGGCUCCAUGGAAGGCCAGGUCGGUAUCUCUGACACCGGAACCACCCUCCUCCUCAUGGCCGAUUCCGCUGUCGAUGCCUACUACAAGCAGGUUUCCGGUGCUACCAACUCCCAAGAAGAUGGCGGCUACGUCUUCGACUGCUCUGCCACUCUCCCCGACAUCUCCUUCCUGAUCGGCGAAAGCGACUACGCCACGGUCCCUGGCAGCCUCCUCAACUUCGCUCCUGCCUCCGAAUCCGGCAGCUGCUUCGGCGGUCUCCAAUCCGUCGGUGGUGGCAACCAGAACAUCUACGGCGACGUCUUCUUCAACGCCAACUACGGUGUAUUCGACGCCUCCGUCCCACAAUUCGGUUUCGCGCCCUCUAGCGCUAUUUCAUCGUAG